ACCGGAACAAAAAGAGACUCUAACCCUUUUCGCAAUUUAUAAAACGAAGCAAAUGCAAUGCCUCUCAGCGGCUAGCCCAGCGCAUUCAGCAACAAAAUUUUGAGGGGAGGGGAGGAGAAAGGACCAGCCAGCCCUUUGACGGAGUUUUUCCCACCAAGCCUUAGCUGUCUGUGAUCACGGUCUCCACAAUGCGUCUCAGACAAACCCGUAGCGUCAGGAAGCGAUAUGUCGAGGACCCCAUUCUGCUGGACGACCAAGAUGAGCACUUUGCUAUCCCAGAUGACAGGGAUGAAGAUGACGAUUUCGAUGCUCAAGGAGCAGGCCCGCUCGCCGACAAGGGCGAAGACGAAGACGCUGAUGGCCAAGACCAUGACAAUGACGACGCCGCAAGUAGUGAGCCAGACGAGCCAGACGAUGAAGAUGCGGACAACAGAGCUCCCAGGAGCGCCAGAAAGCUGCGCAAUGCAGGCGCCGGUAUGAUCCAGAGCCGCAAGAGCUUCCAUGACAUCCCACACUAUCCUCUUGAGACGCGCAUCGUCACGCGCGUCUACGCCGGUCCCCUGAGACGGUACGCUAGAUACGGCGCCCUCCGCGACUCCAUGUACGGACCCGAGUACCGGCGCAUCAAGAUAAUCUGGGACCUCGAGAUAAGAUGGGCAGAGUUUCCCGCCUUGCCACCUGCGUUGCCGCCUGUCGAUCCCGAAGGCAUUACGCCGAGUCCCUGGCUGACCGCAAGCUUUGAGCUUGACCAGGAGAGAAGCGCAUUCCUCUGCUAUGACAACUACCAAGUGGGCUCUCCCGAGUUGCAGCGCUCGCAUGCUGUCGCCGCCCAUGUUGCACGGCGCCUCAUCCCUCGGGCCGAGGGCGAUCUGGUCACUCUGAUUGGGCCCUGGGAUAGCCAGAAAGAGUUCAGACUCGGCCACUGGGACAGCAUGUCCCUAACACCGUCAGGCCUCCCUGUAGAUGACCCUAACGCCGAAGACAACACACCAAGUGGCUGGAUGCUCAAUGUGGGAGGCAUCCCCUUGGCUGUGGCCUGGGCUCCUUCGUCCAACAAAGAUACGCAACUGCUUGCGGUAGCGAUAAUCCCUUUCUCGGACCAAACGUUGGCCACGCCUAGGGACAGAGGCACAGCCGAUCAGCAAGAUCGCUCAGGAUCUAUCCAGUUUUGGGAGUUUGCCGCCGACAUGCAGAAUACGGGUUUGGCGGCCCCGUCGAAGCACAAGCCUCGACUCAUUACAGCCAAGAUCUCCGACUGGGGCAGACCCAAACGUCUUCAGUGGUGCCCAGUUCCGCUGGAUUCAGUUGGCAUUUAUGGGUUGCUGGCUGUUCUCUGUGGAGACGGGAAAGCUAGAGUCAUUGAUAUUAAGAACAUCAAUGAUAGCAAUGAACCCCGUUACGAAUGGAUUGAGACGCCAGUGGUGGCGCUCGGUAUCUCUGGCGAAUACAGCGUGGAAGUCACCUGCCUGACAUGGGUUAACACAAAUCGCAUCGCUCUCGGCCAUUUAGACGGUUCCAUCACUCUAUGGUCCGUUCAUCCGUGCGCGAUGUUGCUACGAGUCGGUGUACAUAACACCUAUGUGCUCGAUAUCUGCUCCGCCUAUCCGUCAAAUCCCUACCUCGUGGCCUCAGUUCCCGUUGGGGGCUGCGCGACGCUGACCGACUUGUCACAACCGAGCUCAGAGUUCACCUAUUUCCCCGUGCCCGCAAUCAGCUUCCAGCCGAACAUGCUAUCCUGGAACGAGAUGAUGCAGGGCUUCAUGACCCUCUACCCGUCAUCGACUCCCAACACUACCAUUGCAUUUCUCCACCACCGUUUCUUCUGCCAGGCUCGCAGCAUUUGCACUGGUACGAACACAGUAACAUGUGUCUCCUCCGGUACUUCCCACCCAUUUAUUCUCACUGGUUGCGCAGACGGCUCCGUAAGUUCGUGCAACGCAUUGCAAAAGCUCUUCAAGCAGAAGGGUGAGCCCCAGCGCAAGAUCAAGAUCUUUGAGCAUGAGUAUAGAACCCUCGACCCCGCUACAGAAAUCGAGGGAGCCAGAUCAGGCUCGCCCGCUCCAAGGGGCGCCGUAAGGAUCUUACAAGGCUUUCUUCCCGAGGAAAACGAUGACCCACGGACCGAGAAACGAAAGGAGAUUGACAGGAGAAAAAAGUUGGAGCGGAAAAAAACCAAUGCCGGCAAAAGGGGGCGGUCUAAGAAAGGGUCGGGUGCGCAGGAAGAAGUUGAUAACCGCGAGGCCGAGAUGAACGAGAGACUCGCUUCUCGUGUUGUUGCUCAUGAGCCUCUGACGCGAGUGACGACGGCUGCAUGGAACCCGAACCUACGGUUCAGCUGCUGGGCUGCGAUUUCUAUGGCUUCCGGACUGAUAAAGGUCAUGGACCUUGGCGUGCAGUGACAGUCAACCAAGUUCCGAAUCGGCAACGUGGUACCUACCAUUUGAGCAAAUUUUGCUCGCCUCGUCCUUUUGGUACUUAGCCAACAAUAUUUUCUCGCUGU